GGGCAGGCUCGAGAUAGUGGUUGGAAGAGGAAGAAGUGCACGCUCCUUGUCAUUGUGGAGGAAUAUAUAGCAGGAAGAAGUUUACAGAUUUGUUUCUAGCAGUGCAGUUACUACAGACAUACGACUUGUCUUGCUAUCAGAAUUCAAGAAUGACGACAGAAAUAGCUGCUCAUCUGGUAGCAGAAGAAGCCGAUCUGCUGAUGCCGCCCUCGCGCAUGCCACCAGCCGAGAGCCUUCGGGACCCAGAGCAAUUUCGACGACAUGUGGCAGAGUACGUCCGCAGUAUACCGCCCAAGCAGCGGAUUCUAGGAAUCUCGGUCUUGUCGGUUUUGGGGGUCGUCGCGCUGCUGCUUUUGAUCUUCCAUAAGGCCAUUUUUGGAUGGAUUCAACCGUUUUGUGAGAGUUGGAGUAAUCUGAGAGGAGGAACGUUCUUGAUGUUUUUAUUCAUCUCCGCUACGAGUUUCCCGCCAAUCGUGGGGUACACCUCAGCGGUUACUAUUGCGGGAUUGGUGUAUGGAUUAUGGCGUGGCUGGAUAGUUGCUUCUAUCUCGACCGUCAUCGCGUCGUAUGCCUGCUUCGUCGUCUGCCGCGUGUUCUUCGCCGACUUUGCAUUCCAACUCGCGCAAGGAAACCAAAAAUUCGAAGCGCUGGCAAUGACGCUCGACCAUGAAGAACUCAAGCUGCUGUGGAUGAUCCGCAUGUCUCCCUUGCCGUUCUCGUUCAGUAACGCGGCGUUGUCAACCAUCCAUACUAUUUCGCCCAAGAACUUUGCCAUCGCGACAGCAUUGUCGACGCCAAAGCUUCUGAUCCCGGUGUUUAUCGGCUCAAGACUGCGAAACCUGACCGACGAAAGCCAAGACUGGACAAGCAAGCUCGCAAAUAUAUUUUCAAUUCUCUUCGGCGCCUUCAUCGCCGCCUCCACCGGCUGGAUAAUCUACCACCGCACCAUGGACCGCGCGCGACUAAUACAAGACCAACUCGACCACGAGCGCGAGCUGCGCGAGGAACCGAUGCGGUUCCCGCGCACGGCCGCGCAGCACGCGGGUGUGGACGAUGCCGAGUUUGAUGUCGAGCAGUUUGCGGGGCAGGCGGGCGGGUAUAGCGAUGAGCCGCCGGAUUCGUCGGACGACGAGGACGCGCAGUAUGAGCCGGGGCCGCGGCAGCAGCAGCGGCAGCAGGAGGAGGAGGAGCCGCUGGAUGGAGAGGAGGCGUUGAUUGAGAUUGCGGAGGAGCAGGAGGGUGCUGCUACGGAUGGUUCUACAGGAGAAGGAGUAGGCUCUGCGAGGCCAGACAAUAGUAUCCUAUGAUGAAGACGCGUGAAACCAAACCGAAACAAGGACCAGGAGAAAGCAGAAAAGCAGCAAAGACGACGACCGAGUGUCAGUCUCAGACCCUUUCUUGAUAUUGAUUGAAUUUGGAGCCGAUUUCGAAACUGCGCUGCCAACCGAGGAAUGCCGGUUUUUUCCUCUUGUUUAAAUUCGUUGUUUAUAGCGCUCGCUGAUCGAGAUAGAUUGAUGUUCGGGUAGAUGUUUAUUUUUGGAGUGUUUUAGUAGUCCGCUUAUUUUUUUUGGUUUAUUACUGGAAUAUAAAACAAAUGAGAAACAAAUAGUGG